CUCCCUCAAUACUUCUUUGUUGGCUUCUCAUCAGUACUCUCCUCUUUAACGGUUUCUGUGGAUAUUAAAGAAGUUUUUUCAUUUUUUGAAGGCCACGGAUGCAAUCCAUACUACUUUUUCCUUGUAUACUAGAACUGGCCUUGGACACCCUUUCAUUCGAGAAUCGAAAAAAGUGUCUCAAUUUUAAGGUUUCAUUAAUAGUAGUAGAAUUUCAUUUGGUCCCAUGAAAGAUCUGCUGUGAACGAUUUUUUCUGAUCAGUGAGUGAAACAUGGAACUGAAGAACAUGGUUGCCUUGGUUUCUCGUACAGGAAGACAUUUGCAGCGUUACGAAAGAGGUUGUCGCCAAGUCGUCGGAUGCAUUCCCUAUAGAAUAAAGCUUGCCAAUAAGGCCACUUUGGUGGAUGAGGAUUCCCUGGAAGUUCUUGUCAUUUCUGCACAGAGAAAAGGCAAAGGAGUGCUGUUCCCAAAGGGAGGUUGGGAAACAGAUGAAGACAUUUUUGAGGCUGCAGAACGUGAGACAGUGGAGGAAGCUGGGGUGGUAGGCGAUGUUCAGAAGUUCCUGGGACACUGGAAUUUUGAGAACCAAAAUAAGGAGAGUUUCAUGUUUGCAAUGCAAGUCAGAGAGCAACUAGAAUUUUGGCCAGAGCAAGACAAACGCCAAAGAAUUUGGAUGAGCGUGGCAGAGGCUAGGAAAGAAUGCAAGCAGAAGUGGAUGAAAGAUGCCUUAGAGAAUUUAGUGAAAUGGUUAACUGAUGAGGCCCCGUUGGCCUCUUCUUCCCCAAGCCAGGAGAGGAGAUCCAACUUGUAAAUAGCAAAAAAAUUGUUUGCAAAGGGCCUAGCAACUAGCAAGUAGGAUUGAUCUAAUCAGCAACUCCAAUUUGCAGAAAAUGAGAAUUAUAUCUGUAAUUCUAGCUUCAUUUUCAUAGAAUUGGAGCUUUGCCUAGAAGACAUCUGAACUAAAGGUUGCUGAAAUAGCGACAAAACAAAAUUUGUGAUGCACCUACAAGCUGAUUCUUGACAAUGAUUAAACGUUGGUCCUUUGCUAAGGGUUGUAACAAUAGUAAGGACCUUUUUGAAA